AUGGACGGUAUCUUAGUGACUAAUGAAAUCAUUGAUUAUGCAAAAAGAUAUAGGAAGGAUUAUUUUAUGUUUAAGGUUGAUUUCUCUCAAGCAUAUGACUGCGUCGACUGGAACUACCUUCGAAGCAUAUUACGUAAAGUUGGGUUCGGAAUAAGAUGGAUGAAGUGGCUCGAAGCAUGGGUGUUUUCUAGUAGCAUGUCAGUUUUGGAAAAUGGUAGCCCUACUCAAGACUUUAUGGUGUCAAGGGAAUUGCGUCAAGGCGAUCCUCUUUCUCCAUUCUUAUUUGCAUUAGCAGCUGAAGGUCUCACAAGGAUUAUGAAUCAAGCAGUGUUGAAUGGUGUGUUUACUAGAUUUUCACUGGGCAAUAACAUUUCUUUCAGUCUCCUUCAGUUUGCUGAUGAUACUAUCAUCGUUGGCAACGCUUCGUGGUGCAACUUGUGGACUUUAAAAUCAAUUUUGCAUGGAUUCAAAAUGAUGUCGGGCUUGAGCAUUAACAUGUCAAAGAGCAAGGUUUAUGGAGUAGGGAUUGAGACUCCUUUCUUAAAUGCAACGUCGAAAUUUCUCAGUUGUUAG